UUGACUCACGAACCCUUAAGGAGUACACAGUCAGGCCCUAUUGCUGUGCUUCCUUCGUCAGAAUCAUCUAUCGCUGGCAAGUCAGUGCACUCCACUAUCUCUGCUAGCACUUCAAUUUCUGCCCGAGCCAAUAUUACUUGCUCAGCUGGCUCAACCUACUGUCCUUGUGGCCUGGAUGAGGUCAUCUGUCGACAGCGUCGCCGGCGCCUUGAAUUUGAGGUACGCCAGCUGCAGUCUAACCUCCGCGCCAAGGAAGAAAGGUUACGUGGGUCACAACAAUCCUCUCGUGUUAGACAGACUCAGGCAUGCGGUAGUGGCAAAACAAAGAAAUCUGUGCCUGGUGCGCCAGUGUCGAACAUAGUUUCGCAUGCUGUAGGUCAGCAUUCGCCUGGUACAACUCAAGCGAAGGUUACCAACACUCUAACGGGAACUUCAUUACAGACUGCAAACAUCCCUCGUCACAUCAGCACACUGGUUUCAGUUCAAACUAAGCCCAUUUUGACAAAUCCUCAUUUACAUGGAAACCACGUACACAUGCGUCAAACUCAGCAACAUCAACAACAACAGCAGCUCCAGCGACGUGCCUAUCUCGAGUCGUGUCUGCAGAAUGCGACUGAGGAGCGUGAGCGUCUUGCAAACACUCUUCGGCAGGAAAACUGGAUGAAGCAGGAGCUUCUAACGGCUUACCAUACUUCUGUGCGAGAAAUUACAGAGCUUAAUAGUACGUAUCUCUCAAGAAAACUAUUUAUUCUAGAGUUUUGGUCUUUCAAGGCUUGA